AUGCUGAGGGGGCGAACCGACCUCUCCGGGUCUUCCUCACAGAAGCAGAUGAAAGCAGGCUUUGUUGCGACUCAAAACCUGCCAGUGUUUCCUCGAUAUUUUCAGUUUAACUUCUUCGUGUUAAAACUUUUAAAAUGGUGUUCUUGUGGAUUUUUUUGUUGUUGUUUCCACCCCUUACAGAAGGGGUCCUCCGCGGUUGCUCCAGUUCACAUUGUCAAUGAAGAGUCAGCUGACAAGACUAAUUUGGGCUUUAUUCAUGCAUUUGUGGCUGCUAUAUCGGUCAUCAUCGUAUCAGAACUGGGGGAUAAGACCUUCUUCAUUGCAGCCAUCAUGGCAAUGCGGUACAACCGUUUGACUGUACUGGCUGGUGCUAUGCUUGCCUUGGGACUGAUGACAUGUUUAUCAGUUUUAUUUGGCUAUGCCACCACAGUUAUUCCUCGUGUGUACACAUACUAUGUGUCAACGGCACUGUUUGCAAUUUUUGGCAUCCGAAUGCUUCGGGAAGGCUUGAAAAUGAGUCCAGAUGAGGGUCAGGAAGAGCUGGAGGAAGUUCAAGCAGAAAUUAAAAAAAAAGAUGAGGAACUUCAGAGAACUAAACUGUUAAAUGGUCCAGGAGAUGGGGAAUCAGGGCCUGGAACGACUAUACCUCAGAAGAAGUGGCUACAUUUUAUUUCUCCAAUCUUUGUUCAAGCUUUUACUUUAACAUUUUUAGCAGAAUGGGGUGAUCGUUCCCAGUUAACGACCAUAGUCUUGGCCGCCAGAGAGGACCCCUACGGUGUGGCGGUAGGAGGAACAGUGGGACAUUGCCUAUGCACUGGUCUAGCAGUUAUUGGAGGGAGAAUGAUAGCACAAAAAAUUUCUGUUAGGACUGUGACAAUCAUAGGAGGCAUUGUCUUCUUAGCAUUUGCAUUUUCUGCACUAUUUAUAAGUCCAGACUCUGGUUUUUAGAAUUUUUCAUCACUGCAGAAGAACAAGGAUUGGAAGCAUCAAGCAGCUAUCCUUGUGUGGUUUUGUAUAUAAUGUACAGAAUUAUAGUUAAACAAGCACUGAAGAUGAGACACUGAACUUUUUAUAGCAAAUGAUUCAUGGGACUGACACAUUUAUGGACAGCUUCUGCAGUGGAGAUCUGCUUAUUGUCUGGUUUGUUCACUCUGUGGUGCCUGCUGCCUUGGUGGGAUUUACGUGGUUUUCUUGCUGGACCUGACUCAGCUGAGUUUUGAGGACCUACUUACUCUCAAAAGUAUUGAGGCUUCCUCUGUUCUUCCUCUGUUACACAUGGUCACCUUUCCUGUUUCUGCAAGAGCUGAUUCUUAAGGCUUCUCGAAGCAGACUGUCUUGUUCCAUGUUGCUCAACAGACGGUGUUAAGGAGAAAACUGCUGGCUCCCACCUCCAAGGACUUCGGUUCCAGGGUGCGCCUGAGGCUGGGUAAUCUAAGCAACAAGAAACCUGGGAGCAGUUCCU